UGAAAUUCAUUUGAAUUACUCUAUUGACACAAUGGAUGCCACGCAACUGACUGAGCUGAUGGGCAGCCACGAUUUCAUGCAGCUGCAGCAGCAGUUGCAACACAACAACAACAACUACAACACCGAUGGCCACAAUGGCCUGUCGCCGGAAUCUGUGGAGCGUAGUUCAAGACCUGUACGACGCGCCACACGACGCACCUCACAGCUAAGCAAUAACACCUACGACCUGGAGAUGACCGAUUCCAGUUCGCAGAGCGACGACACGAGCGGCGGCGGUGGCAGCAGCAAUGGGGGCGGCAGCAGCACCAACAACAACAGCAGCAAUCAGCUGGGCCCAGCGCUGGGCGGACAACGUCCCUCGAGUCGCGGCCGGCAACAAAAUGGCACCAAUCUAACGCCCAACAGCAACGGCAACGGCAACAGCAACAACAACAACAACAACAGCAGCAACAGCAGCAACGCCAAUGCGAAUCGUCGUCGCAAAGGCGCACUGAAUGCCAAAGAGCGAAAUCUACGCAGACUGGAGUCGAACGAAAGGGAACGCAUGCGCAUGCACAGCCUGAACGAUGCAUUUCAGUCGCUGCGCGAGGUGAUUCCACACGUGGAGAUGGAGCGGCGUCUGUCCAAAAUCGAAACCCUAACGCUGGCCAAGAAUUACAUCAUCAAUCUGACGCACAUUAUACUCUCCAAGCGCAACGAGGAAGCUGCCGCCAUGGAGCUGAACGCCGGCGCUGUUGGCGGCGUGUUGCUUACGAAUUUGACAGCUGACAGCAAUGUGGUUGCUGCCGCAACUGGUGCCAGCAAUGGCUUGUGCUUCGACGAUGCUCUGGCCACUGGCGGCGGCGGCGGCGGUGCCUACGACUGCGCGCUGCUCGCUGCUAGCGACGGCAGCUUGUUGAGUGCGGCAACGAGCGCCAAUGCCAUGCAAACGCUGCCCAUGCACAUGCAUGCGGAGCAGCAACAGCAAACGCAGCAGCAACAGCAGCAGCACUACUGUUAA